GGGCAGACAUAGCAGAGCUCAUGAUGGACUUUGUUGAAUGGCUGACUAAUCAAGAGUUUGGUCGUCAGUGUAUUCUCAGUGUGCGAGAUGUCUUGUCAUGGGUUAAUUUUAUGAAUGUCAUGGUAGAGGAUGAAGAGUCGAAUUCUGCCAAGGAAUAUAGCCUUCUCUACAUUUCUCCAAUUAUGUCUUUUAUCCAUGCUGCAUGUUUGGUAUACAUUGAUGGAAUAGGAUCAGGUACAACAUCCUGCUCUGCUGAUACGGCUUUAUUAGCUCGUGAAAAAUGCCUGACAUUCUUAUGUGAGGAAAUGAGUCAAUUCCUUGAGCUGACUGAUUAUCAGAAGAAUGAACUAAAGAUUUAUGACAGAACAAAGGAGAGAGAGUUUGUGUGGAUGGACAACUUUAUGGGAAUCCACCCCUUUUUUAUUCCAAGAG